GAAAGCAAAAAGACUGCAAAAGAAAUAGAAAACAAAGUGUGAAUUGACAGGAGUUGCUUCUAAAUCAAGUUAAGUAUCCCACGUAUUAGAAAACAGAGGAAAUUGUUUAUGGCUUAACUCAAAAUAAGCAAACUCUUUUACACUCGAUACAAAAAUAAAAAUUCACAAAUCCCUUUACACACUGAUUCAAUUGCACAGUUUUAAUGAAUGUGCAUGCAACACAUCUUGGACAUCUGUCAACUAUUUCUUUAAUUCUUACAGUAUCUUCAGUGAAUAUCGCUAUAAAACUACAGUUCACAUUCAUUACUAUAUUUUACAUUUGUAUAUGAACACAAACACAGGCUCAUUCCUAUCAGAUACACCUAAAACUAAAAGAAUUAAUGUCUCUUACUUUUUGACUCGUCGCUUUUGAUUCUUUCCCACUCUUUUCUUAACAUAAGCCACUAAUCCUGCAAAUCAAACCUCUUCUGUUUUUUACUCUCUCCUCUUUCUCUCAUUUUUUUCACAAAGCCUAAACCUUCACGCAAAUUCAGCUCAAUCCCAUGCAUGCGUUGAAAUAACAGUUUCAAUAAGACAAAAAAAAACAUGGCAACAAAUCGAAAACUGGUAGUAGAAGUAGUAGACGCAAAGGACCUUACACCAAAGGAUGGCCACGGAACGUCAAGUCCUUACGUUGUCGUCGACUACUACGGCCAGAGACGAAGGACACGAACCAUAGUCCGUGAUUUAAACCCUGUUUGGAACGAGACGCUCGAGUUCAGUCUCGCAAAGCGACCUUCUCAUCAAGUCUUUACCGAUGUUCUUGAGCUUGACAUGUACCAUGACAAGAACUUCGGACCUACCAGAAGAAACAACUUUCUCGGUAGGAUCCGACUCGGGUCGGAUCAGUUUGUUGGGAAAGGAGAAGAGGCUUUGAUAUAUUAUCCCUUGGAGAAGAAGAGUUUGUUUAAUCUUGUGCAAGGUGAGAUUGGUCUAAGGCUUUACUACGCCGAUGAAAAGCCUCCUCCUUUAAAACCUGCGAUAGCUCCUCUUGAGACCGUGGUGGAGGAAAAAGCAGAGGAGGUGAAGACGGAAGGUCCAGACGAAUCUCAGCCAAAACCGGAGACUAAUGACAAUACUCCUGCUGAAGUGAAAGAAACAGAGGAACCAUCACAACCACCGCCGCCUGAGAAUCCGCAAGCCGAGGAUCCUAAGCAAAACGAGGAGGCCUCACCGUUGUUACAGGAAAAUGCUACGGUUGGUGAAGAAGAUCCAGCGCCGGCGGAACCAAAGAAUGAACCAGAGGCGAAACCAGCGGAAGAGCCACCAAAGAAUCAACCAGACGGUGAAGAUAUUAUGCUUGAGUCAGAAGAUUCAAUGAGCUGGGCUUCAGCGCCACGAUCACCGUUACCAGAAGUUACCAUAUCGAGAUCAGUCUCCGGUUCAAUACCAGAAACCAAAACCGGACCGCAACCACUACGUAGAAGCUUGUCGGAAACUGCAAGUUACACUUCAGAGAUCUCCGACGUCUCCACCAUAGAACGAUCCACGUUUGACCUAGUGGAGAAAAUGCAUUACGUCUUCGUCCGCGUCGUAAAAUCUCGUUCUUUACCAACCUCAGGUAGUCCAGUCACAAAAAUCUCACUCUCAGGCACAAUGAUCCAAUCAAAACCCGCCAGAAAAACAACUUGCUUCGAGUGGGAUCAAACCUUCGCCUUCCUCCGUGACUCGCCGGAUUUAUCAUCCUCUCCGAUUCUUGAGAUCUCCGUGUGGAAUGAUUCAUCGACAACGGGAAUCGAAACUAGCCAAUUCCUCGGUGGAAUUUGCUUCGACGUUUCGGAGAUUCCGCUCCGUGACCCGCCGGAUAGUCCGUUAGCGCCGCAAUGGUACCGUCUCGAAGGAGGCGGAGCUCACCACAGCGAUCUAAUGCUUGCCACGUGGACAGGAACUCAAGCUGACGAAUCAUUCCCCGACGCGUGGAAGACAGAUACAGCUGGAAACGUAACCGCACGAGCUAAAGUCUACAUGUCGUCGAAGCUGUGGUAUCUGCGCGCUACCGUGAUCGAAGCUCAAGACUUGUUACCGCCACAGUUAACGGCGUUUAAAGAAGCGUCGUUUCAGUUAAAAGCUCAGUUAGGUUUCCAAGUUCAGAAAACCAAAUCCGCCGUUACUAGAAACGGAGCUCCGUCAUGGAACGAAGACUUACUCUUCGUAGCCGCCGAGCCAUUCUCCGAUCAGCUUGUUUUCACAUUGGAGUAUCGAACAUCGAAAGGACCAGUCACCGUCGGGAUGGCUCGCGUGCCGCUCACCGCAAUCGAGAGACGCGUCGACGAUCGCUUGGUUGCUUCGAGGUGGUUCGGAUUCGAAGAUCCAAACGACGAGAAGAGAGGAAACAGAUCUAGAGUACACCUAAGGCUCUGUUUCGACGGCGGUUAUCACGUGAUUGACGAGGCGGCGCACGUGUGCAGCGAUUACCGACCUACGGCGAGGCAGUUGUGGAAACCGGCGGUGGGAAUCAUCGAGCUCGGUGUAAUCGGUUGCAAGAAUCUGUUGCCGAUGAAGACGGUGAACGGGAAAGGUUCGACGGACGCGUACACGGUGGCGAAAUACGGUACUAAAUGGGUCCGUACCCGAACCGUAUCGGAUUCUUUAGAUCCGAAAUGGAACGAGCAGUACACGUGGAAAGUAUACGAUCCGUGUACGGUUUUGACCAUUGGAGUCUUCGAUAGUUGGGGAGUAUUCGAAAUCGACGGUGGGAAAGAAGCCACGCGUCAAGAUCUAAGGAUUGGAAAAGUUCGUAUACGUAUAUCUACGCUGGAGACUGGUAAAGCGUAUAGGAAUACGUAUCCGCUUCUGAUGUUAGUUAACGGCGGCGUGAAAAAACUUGGAGAGAUAGAGAUAGCCGUUCGAUUCGUGAGAUCAGCUCCACCGUUGGAUUUCUUACACGUGUAUACUCAACCGUUGCUGCCGUUGAUGCACUACAUCAAACCGUUGAGUUUGUUUCAAGAAGAGAUGUUGAGGAACACUGCCGUGAAGAUCUUGGCCGUACAUUUGUCACGGUCUGAGCCGCCUCUGAGGCCGGAGAUCGUGCGGUACAUGCUUGACGCCGACUCUCAUACUUUUAGUAUGCGUAAAGUCCGAGCGAACUGGCUCCGGAUAGUGAACGUAGUUGCUGGAAUGGUUGACGUAGUGCGGUGGGUUGAUGACACGCGUUACUGGAAGAAUCCGACAUCGACUCUCCUCGUACACGCGCUUGUCGUGAUGCUGAUUUGGUUUCCCGAUCUCAUCGGUCCGACAUUAGCGUUUUACUUGUUCGUGAUCGGCGCGUGGAAUUACAGGUUCAGGUCACGUGCUGGUCUACCGCAUUUUGAUCCAAGACUCUCGUUGGCUGAUGCAGCGGAUAGAGAAGAGCUCGACGAGGAGUUCGACGUCGUCCCUAGCAACCGACCUCCGGAGAUGGUUAGGUCGAGGUACGAUAAGCUGCGAGGGGUGGGAGUUAGAGUCCAGACGAUUCUUGGUGAAGUGGCUGCGCAAGGAGAGAAGAUGCAAGCUUUGGUGACGUGGCGUGACCCACGAGCGACGGGUAUAUUCGUGGGGCUGUGUUUAUUCGUGGCGUUGGUGUUGUAUCUUGUGCCGACGAAGAUGGUGGCGAUGGCGUCAGGGUUUUAUUACUUCCGACAUCCUAUUUUCCGUGAUCGGAAACCAUCUCCGGUUUUAAACUUCUUCCGGCGACUACCUUCGUUAUCUGAUCGGCUCAUGUGAUCGAUCUUUAUUAGUAUUUUUUUUUCUUGUUUGACGCUGAUGUGUAUAUAUUUUUGGGUCGUUUAAACUUAUAAUGGGCUUUAUUGGGUUAUAAAUGGGCCACGAAAUAGGGAUUUUAUAUGAUUUUCCUAUACAGUACUACAGAUGCUUUAUUUGACCA